AUGGCUUCGAAGAGGAUCCUGAAAGAGCUCAAGGAUCUGCAGAGAGAUCCUCCUUCAAACUGCAGCGCAGGUCCUGUGGCUGAGGACAUGUUCCAUUGGCAAGCAACUAUCAUGGGACCUCCUGAUAGUCCCUAUGCAGGAGGAGUGUUUUUGGUUACCAUUCACUUUCCUCCGGAUUAUCCUUUCAAGCCACCAAAGGUGUCUUUCAAGACUAAGGUGUAUCACCCGAACAUCAACAGCAAUGGAAGCAUUUGCCUUGAUAUCCUGAAAGAACAAUGGAGUCCUGCUCUUACCAUAUCCAAGGUGUUGUUGUCGAUUUGCUCGUUGCUUACCGACCCGAACCCAGAUGAUCCUCUUGUUCCGGAGAUAGCUCAUAUGUACAAGACGGAUAAAUCCAAGUACGAGUCCACCGCUCGAAGCUGGACUCAGAAGUACGCCAUGGGAUGA